AUGAGCAUCCUCAAAGUUUGGCAAUGGAUAGUCAAACAAAGCCUCUGGGCAGCGCAGACGCUCUGGGCCGUAUUCGGCUUUGCAAUCAGCUUUAUUCUGUUGAAUUGCGCUGUUUCAGCGGCCCCAAUUGCCAUUAUCUGGACGCGGGACCUGGAUUCCGGUAUUCAAGGUGCCGUCAGCAUUGCCAUCAUGAUCAUUGUGAUCGCAUUUGUUGGCGUACCAUUCUGGUACAGGUCAGAACCGACCUUUCGCAGCGCAUUGCCGAAAAUCAUUCUAUCUGGGAUCUCCAGCACUUUAUCUCCUCGGUGGGCUCGCAUCAAGUUGUUCUUCCUGAUUACGAGCGCAAUUUCUAUUUUGGUUCCGCUGGUGCUAAUUUGGACUCAUCCACUUGCUGCUGGUAUCAAGAGUGCGCUUACUGCUGGGAUUGUGAUGAUUGAAAGUCUUGUGUUAGUGACAAUUAUUCUCUGGUGGCGCUUGUCAUAA